UUUGUCAAUUGUCAUUGUCGUACGUAAAUAAUACGUAAUUUUUGAGCAAACCAUUGUUGUGAAUAAGAAUUUUAUGAUAUUGAAAGUGAAAUUAGAAAAAUGGUUGAUCCAAUAUUUGAUUACCAAUUCAGGCUGAUCCUAAUUGGAGAUAGUACUGUAGGCAAAAGUUCAUUAUUAAAAUAUUUUACUGAUGGGAAAUUCGCUGAGAUGUCCGAUCCUACAGUUGGAGUGGACUUCUUUGCGCGGAUUAUAGAAGUACAGGAUGGCACGAGAAUCAAAUUACAAUUGUGGGAUACCGCAGGACAAGAGCGUUUCAGAUCUAUCACAAAGUCUUAUUAUAGAAAUUCUGUUGGCGCUUUGUUAGUGUACGAUGUGUGUAAUAGAUCUAGUUUUGAGCAUAUACCUCUUUGGAUGAUGGAGGCGAAGCGACACAUAGAGCCACAUAGGCCUGUGUUCGCUCUGGUUGGCUGCAAAAUAGACUUAGUUGGUGACAACAAGAACAGUGCUAGGAGAGAAGUGACUUGUGAAGAGGCCAGGAUGUUCGCUGAAGAAAAUGGUCUUCAUCACAUAGAAACAUCAGCGAAAAGCGGAAAAAAUGUAGAAGAAGCCUUUGUGCUGGUGGCUCAAGAAGUGUACAACCGCAUCCAAACAGGGGAAUAUAAAGUCGAAGAUGGUUGGGAUGGUAUCAAAACGGGCUUCAACAGGCCCAAUGGUAUGGAUUUCAACUUACUCGAGGCAGAAACUGUCCAGUCCACUUGCUGUUAGAGAUAAUAACUCUAAAAACAUGCAAAGAGUAGCAGACGGAAUAGAAGUUCUGUUAAAUUUUUCAUGAUGGCAUGCAGGUUAAAAUCAACGUCAAAUUUGAUGGCGCAACCUUAAGAGUAGGUACCUUUACUAAGCAAUGCUUAAAUCAUUUUUGUCAUUUACAAUAUGUCCAUCAGUGGGAUGCCUGAUGGCUCUAAAUAAGUAAACAAUUUGUCCAAUCAACACUAUUUUCUGUUAAAGUUAUAUACCUCUUACAUAUAAAAUUGUGGUUGUCCAAAUCAAAAUGGACCUUAUGGCGGCUAGCACUUAGGUCUUUAUUGCCGUUGUUUUGUAUUGGAACAACGGGAAUAAAGACCUAAGUGUUAGCCGCCAUAAGGUCCCUUUUGAUUUGGUCGACCACAAUUAACAACCUUAACACUUAUCACAAAUGUUAAAAUGGUUAUUUAUGUCUCCUACAAAGUCAAUGCAGACCUUCGUAUACUUGUUAUUCACAACAUUUAUUUAAACUGAAGUAGUAAACGAAGUAAGAAGUGAAGUAUAUAACUUUAUAAUGUCAGAUAUUAGAAAAAUAAAUUCUUUAUUGAAGAUUUAAUUGACCCAUUCAAAAUUGUGUGCGCAUUCCCAUUUAACUUACUCGUUUUUCGCUCUUACUAUAGCGUACAUUCACACAACACGAACAUGCAAUUUUUGUAAGGGAAUAUACAUCUCACUACACGUGAAUUCGCGUCAACCGUCAUUAUUAUUAAUAGAAUAUUAUCUCUGUUACUUCUUGCAUGUUUAUAACUUCACUGUAUAUAAUUGACUCCACAUCUAGAAUAGUUACGAUGUGACAUUGAUUAAGCAUAAUUUUAUAACAUAUAACAUAAUAAUAUAGGUAAGGUGUGAAAACACACAUUGAAAUAGAUUUGUAAACGGUCUCACAAAGGUUUGUUUGUCAGAUUUUUUAUUUCUUUCUGUUCUUCAGCCAUUUUAAACCACAUAUUCCCUUAACAUACCCGUUAGUUUUUUAUUUGUUGGUGUUUAAACCUUUAAUAAUAUAAAUUAGAUGCCAAUUAUUUUCUACACAUAUUCUAGACUAGAUGUUGCCCGGGACUUCGCUCCCGUGGGAAUUUUGAGAUAAGAUAGCCUAUAGCAAUCUUGGAUAAUGUACCCGAAUCGAUUUCAAAAAUUCAUCAUUAUGAAAGAAUUUUUGAAAUUGAUUCGGUUUCUGAGUUUACCUGCCUCAAAUAUACAAACUCACAAAUGCUCUUUAUAAUAAUAAGUACAUUGAGAACAUUUGGUAGAAUAUCAACCCAUGACUGGCAAAUAAAUAGGAUUGCAAAAAUUUAUCUAUCUAUAAUGAUAGGUAUGUGUAAUCAGGCCAUGCAUAAAAAAUCUGGGACUUCAUUCAUUAGUCAUAUUUAUUUAUUCUAAUUUCAAAGAGGGAAUUGUUUUUGGAUGGGAAAUAGUUUUAUUUCUUUUACAUAAAUAUAAUGUAUAUAAUACUAUUGGAGAAUAUGUAAAUUCUGCCACUAUUUUAAUUUGAAACUAGGUAUUUCUUUUUUGAGAGUAAAUUUUGAAAAAUAAUUUUUUUUUGUGAUUAUAUAUUACAAUGUACCUAAACUUUAAAAAAACUUUCAUAACAGCCAAAGAUAUGUGAAAUCGGUUCACCUUUUUGUUUUUAACCGAUUAGAGAUGUUAAAUUACUAAAAAUAGGUACUAAACAUAUAAUUAAGUCAAAUUAUAGUACCUGGAACGUGCUUAAUGCAUAGUAAAUUAAUUUAGAUACAUAUUUUGUUUAAAAAUUAUUUAAUUAAAUAUCACUAUGUAUUCCAAUUUUCUGCAGAAAAGUGUUUCUAAACACAAUCGGCCCCUCAUUGCGUUAAGAAAUUCAGCUGAAUCGCAAUUGAACUUCGAUCGUUCCUCUAUUUUUUACGGUCUUAUCGAGAAUAGAUUCUCGCAUAAACAUUGAAACGUAAACAAACGCUGCCAUUGUCAAAGCAAUUUGAAGAUAAACUUGUAACCGAAUCUGUAUGAAAUGCCGGAAUGACCGCGGUUCGCUUGACAUCCAGCUGAUGUUAGAUUGGAGGGCAGUUCUUUUUGAAUCAUUAUGGAAGAAGUGUGUUCAUAUUCGUCUACGUUUUAUUUAUUAACCCUUUAUGCAGUGGCUUACUUCACUUCCACCAAUAAGUCGUCCAUACAGCUAAACGUGGUCUUCGAGUAUAACAAUUGGCUCUGUCUACCCCGUAAGAGAAAAAAACGUUAUACUGUAUGUCUAAUACAAAAGCAACCCUGUACAGAUUAUUUAUAUUUUAGUUUUAAAUAUUCGAAAAAAAAACAUCUAUCUUUCAUCUGAGCGUUAUUCUGGUUUCUCCCGCCACCUUUGGGCUUCGGAGCUCAGUGUCCUCAAUGUAAGCCCCUAUAAUUAAGACACAAAUUCUCAGUAAACUUUAUAUAUUGUUCCUACAAAAACGGAAAUUUAUCGAAUACAUCACAAUACUACUGUUUUUUUUUUGUUGAAAUAAAUUAUCAUUUACACUUUGCCCCCGCGGAUUUAGCAUUGUGUUAUCAUCACUACCCACGCAAUAUAGGAUUAAAAAUGUCCAUAUUAAAGUAAAGCUAAUUGAUAAUUUGAUGUUCAGAUAUUUUUGCGGAUUGGAUCGGAUGUGCUGCACUAACAAAUGUGCACUUUUUGGAUACUGGACUGGUCAAGUCAUACUAUUACAAGGUCAAUAGCGUACUAUUGAUUAUUAUACAAUGUUAUCAUGUGAUUUUGUUUGCCUUCAAGCAGAUUCUUCAAAUAAAUUUAAACUUUGAACAAAUUGAAACCGGUUGAUCAUAAUUUAAAAAAGAAAGCCCCUGCUUAGCCAAAAUUUACAGUCUUGUCUGAGAACUCGUUACGGAAAUACGUAGAUAAUAAUUUUAACAAAUGUUUUAUUUUAUCCACAAUAAUUUGCAUAUAUAAUGUUAUAUAAAUCAGUAUAUAAAUGACACGGGCAGGGGAGACAUGUAAGCUUUAUCCUACUAAUACUGUGUGGACGUGAUUGUGUAUGUAUGUAUAUACUAUUAUAGAUGCCAAUUAUUUUUUGUAUCCCAUUUCAAUUGAAUUAUUGUCUGCGCCCCUCAAAUAAUAGAAUAAGAUAAUUUCUCAAUUUUUAACUCGCAUACACAAUUUAGAAAUUGUAUCCACUCUCUUACAUCCUUCUUCUUGCUGCAUUCGCCGGCGUGGCGCCCCAAAGCCUAAUACACAUUUUGUGUACUGUCAUAGUGUUUGUAAUCAAGUGAUCACAUACAACUUUAAACGUUGUUCUUUAUAUAAGAUACAUUAUAAAUGUUGCAAUUUAGAACAUUACAUAAUUACUGUGCGCUCUUUAAUACAUUACACAAACUGCGUAUAAAAACGACUUCCUCAAUAUGCGGGUGUUUUUUUAGAGCGUGAAGAUUCAACUUGUAUAAUAAUUCUGCCAUUCUAAUGCAUGUUUUUCUAAAUGGCGUGAUGUAAUUAAUAUCGUAAAGAUUUUCAAUGUCAAUUUUUUUUUUUAAACAAUAGUAAAAAACUUUCAUUAUGUCUUGAAACCUUGAAACUUACUACUGCAAUACCAUUGGGACACGAUUGUGGGACAACUUUAAAUUUUUCAAAUACGCCGCUGUGCGUAAGGUUCUUUGCUCAAAUUUGUUUUUGUAUUGUAAUUGACAAUUUAAGGUUCUUGAUGCGGUAUUAGUCCACACUUUGAACGCCAGAGUCGACUCGCUGAGAUAAUUUAUAGUUCUGAAAAAUGCACCUAUUAUACCAAAACAGGGUGUCGAUUUUGAAUCAUUUCUCAAAGGUUUUCAAUAGAAUCUAUUUUUUUUUGAAAUAUAAGUACCAGAACAAGAACUGUUUUUCACAUUUUAUGCAAUAAAAAAUAUUCAUUCAUUUAAAAAAAUAACUAUUGAAUAACCAUUGAAACACGAUGUUGACUUACGUUAAAUGUAAUGGGCGUUAGGGGGUAAGGCCACAUUCGGACGAGAGGAAUCGUCUCAUCGUGCUGGCUCCACAUUAUCGCGGACAAGUUGGCGCUGAACUUGGCGGAUUUGACAUACAUUGCUGGUUAUUCAUUACGGUAAAUAUAAGCACUUACAAACUAGACGCAAUGUACAUUCAUUCGCGUCAACAUUAUGUCAGAGUUGGGCGAUAGUGUGGAGCCGGCAUUACAAUUCUGCCAUGUCUAAUUUCAACAUGUACUCGUACACAUAAAGCCUAAAAUCUGGCAUUAUUCAUCAGCUGUACAAUUUCGAACUUAACAUAUAAGGGGGACAAAGUUGAAAUUCGACAAUGCACACCCGUCGCUCGUCCUAGCAGUAGAGGUGGACAGAAAAAUAUGUGGUACUUUAUGAAUGUGUAGUAUAUAUUUUUUUUUAUAAUUGUAAUAUCUAACUCAGUAUAAUUUAACGACGUACCUUAUAAUUAUUACGGCGCUGUUAUUAUGCUUUAUAUAAAGUUUUUGUUAAUUA